CACCCGCUACGUAGUUUUCGAGAAGGGGAUGCUACUUGUCAGGAAGUCUUAGCAAGAGUCUAGUGUCCGUAUCUUCGAAACUUCUCAAAUAAUCCCAUAAAGAAACCCAACCUUGACAAUACUAGGUUGUUCUACUACGCAGUUUUCCUUCAAAUUUCCGAUGAGCUAUUUCAAAAAACAACCUUGUGAGAGAGGAGCUUAAACUUUAGACGGAGCGUCAAAUGUACUAAACGAAACGGAAGUAACCUGCCAGCUGUCUGGCUAAGCUUGCUAGCGUCUGUAUGCUCUCUCUGUGGUGAUGGAGUUGAGAAGGCUUCUCUGUGGGAUAAUGGGGAGACCCAGGCCUCAACUCCCUACUUCUCCAUCUGCCUCUAGGGGCUUGGAGAUCCACUUUUACUUACAAGACGUGCAUCAGCUGGAGUUCUUCAAUGGUUGCUACACUGCCGAGGAGCUUUGUGUGGAGGCUGCCAAGAAAUGCUCAAUUUCUCCUUUGUGCUAUAAUCUAUUUGCCCUCUACAAUGAGACGACAGGCAUGUGGUGCCCUCCUAACGAUGAGUUCAAGAUCACAGAUGAGACCAGGCUUAAGUUACAUUAUCGUAUGAGAUUUUAUUUCCGAAAUUGGCAUGGUACCACUGAAGGUGAAUCUCCAGUUUGGAGACACUGCAUCAGUAAAUUAAAAGGAGGCCUUAACCAGCAGAAAACGCCUGAAGGAACACCACUACUGGAUGCUGCAUCUCUUCGCUACCUGUUUUACCAGGGACAACAUGAUUUUCAGAUCGGUAUGGUACCUUUGCGAGCAUGUCAAUCCGAGGCAGAGCAGCAUGAGACAGAAAACGAAUGUUUGGGAAUGGCUGUGCUCGCCAUCACGCACCAUUCAAUGAGUAUGGGAAUGCCUCUGCCCCUGGCUACGCAAGAAAUCAACUUCAAAAAUUUCAUCCCAGAGGCACUGAACUGCAAUAUAAAGCAGCGCAACAUUUUGACCCGCAUCCGCAUCAAUAAUGUCUUCAAGAAAUUCCUCAACGAAUUCAACAACAGGACAGUCAAGGGCAGCAACAUUACACUGUAUGACCUAAAGAUCAAGUACCUGGCAACUCUGGAGGGCCUGACCAAUGGCCUGGGUAGUGAGCUUGUGGAACCCAUUUCGCUUAGUGUCACAAGGGAAGUUGGUGUCGUGAAUGGAAGUAAUUAUGUUGGUUACUACAACCAUAUGCAAGGACAGAGCCCAAGUCAGAGCGUGGAUACGUGGCGUGACAUACAAGUCCGAGUGACUGGCACAACAGGCAUUUCCUGGAGGAAGAAGUCCUCUACAGUGCCAGUUAUAUCCAAAGACAAGGGCAAGUCAAAGAAGAACAAGAUGAAUGGGAAAGUGAGAACAAAAGAUGUUGAUGAAGGCUGGGAGAGGUUCUGUGACUUUCAUGAGAUCAUGCACGCUGCCAUCAAGGAGGCAACAGUCACAAUUCACAGACAAGAUCACAAGAAAAUGGAGUUGCAUAUGAAAUCUCGGACUGAAGCGUUGUCCUUUGCAGCCCUUGUGGAUGGAUACUUCAGGUUGACAGUGGAUGCUCACCACUACCUGUGCAGGGAAGUGGCUCCUUCUUCAGUGGUGCACAACAUCACUUACGGCUGCCACGGUCCUAUCUGUACGGAGUAUGCCGUGCAAAAGCUGCGUCAGGAGGGUAAUGAGGAAGGCAUGUACAUUCUACGCUGGAGCUGCACUGAAUACCAAUACAUCAUCAUCACUGUGGUCUGCAAUGAGAAUGACCUGAAGGAAUCCCGUCCUGUGCGACAUUAUAAGAACUUCCAGAUUGAGGUGACUCCAGAUGAGUUUCGACUGUACGGCACAGAAAUUGUCAGACCCACACUCCGAGAGCUCUUGGAGCACCUGGAGGGUCAGAGUCUUCGCUCUGACAAUCUUCAGUUCCAUCUGCACCGCUGCUGCCCACCACAACCUCGAGAAAUUUCUAACUUGCUGGUGGUCACUAAAGAUAGAGCACCAGUGCCCAAGACACCCAUGCAGGAGAGCCAGGUCAUUAUCCAUCGCAUUAGCAAGGAGGAAAUUGAACAGGAGGAACACCUCGGACUGGGCACAAGAACUAACAUAUUCUCUGGCACACUGAGGGUAAAUGGCGACGAGGAUGCAGGUUAUGGAUCCUUCCAGGAGUUUAGGGUGGUUCUCAAAGUGCUUGGUUCAGGACACCGAGACUUAUCCCUGGCCUUUUUUGAAACCGCAAGUAUGAUGCGGCAAGUCUCCCAUAAGCAUAUAGUGCUUCUGUAUGGAGUGUGUGUCCGCCAUCUGGAGAAUAUCAUCGUGGAAGAGUUGGUCGAGCAAGGACCACUGGAUCUGUUCAUGAGGAGACAGAUAUGUCCACUUAGCACAUCUUGGAAGUUCCAGGUGGCCAAGCAGCUGGCCUCAGCUCUUAGCUACUUGGAGGACAAAAAGUUGGUCCACGGUUUUGUGUGUGCCAAGAACAUCUUGCUGGCGAGAGAUGGACUGGAAGCUGAUGAAGAAGGGCCCUUCAUCAAGCUCAGUGACUCAGGAAUACCAAUCACAGUGCUCACUAGAGAGGAGUGUGUGAAUCGCAUCCCCUGGAUUGCUCCAGAGUGUGUGAAGAAUGUAUCUUCCCUGAGUGUUGCAGCUGACAAGUGGGGCUUUGGGACCACUCUGUGGGAGAUCUGUUAUGAUGGAGAGGUCCCCCUCAUGGAAAAGAAGCUCACGGAGAAGGAGAGGUUUUAUGAAACAGAAUGCCAGCUGGCUACUCCUGACUACAGAGAGUUGGCUGAGCUGAUGAUCCACUGCAUGAACUAUGACCCAAAGAAGAGACCUUUUUUCAGGGCUAUCGUGAGAGACAUUGACAAACUGGAGGAAAAAAAUCCAGCUAUCAAACCACAGCCUACACCUGAAGUGGACCCGACUGUAUUUGAGAGGAGAUUCCUGAGAAAUAUCAGAGAACUGGGAGAGGGCCACUUUGGGAAGGUGGGCCUUUGUCGUUACGAUCCUCGAGGAGAUCGCACAGGUGAAUUAGUGGCGGUCAAGUCACUGAAGCCUGAGAAUGGACAGGAGAACGGGAACAACCUCUCUAGUGAAAUUAAUAUACUGAAAGCACUGUACCAUGAAAACAUUGUCAAGUAUAAAGGCAUUUGCUUGGAAGAAGGUGGUCAGGCCACAAAGCUGAUCAUGGAGUACCUUCCUUUGGGCAGUUUGAAGGAUUAUCUGCCCGGCAACAAAAGCAAGACCAGUCUCAGCACUCUGCUCAGCUACUCCACCCAAAUAUGCCGGGGAAUGGAUUAUCUGGGAUCUAAAAACUACAUCCACCGAGACCUGGCUGCCCGAAACGUGCUGGUGGAGAACGAGAGGACGGUGAAGAUAGGCGACUUCGGUCUGACCAAGAGCAUUAAGGACAAUGAAGUGUAUUACACUGCCAAGGAUGACCAUGUCAGCCCUGUUUUCUGGUAUGCUCCGGAGUGCCUGACUCUCUGCAAGUUCUACUUUGCCUCAGACGUCUGGUCGUUCGGGGUGACAAUGUACGAGCUCAUCACCUACUGUGACCCCCUCAAGAAUCCAAUGGAGAUGUUCUCCAGGUUAAUGGGUAAAUGCCAAGGUCAGACGACCAUCAUUCUCUUGGUAAACGUGUUGGCCGAGGGGAAGAGGCUUCCACGUCCUGACGGCUGUCCUGAACCUGUGUACAACCUGAUGCGUAAAUGCUGGGAACAAGCGCCCGAGAAGAGAAUCACCUUCAAGCAGCUGAUUGAUGAGCUGACCAUCAUGCAGCAGCAGCUCAGCCCUCAAAAUGACUUUUAAACGGCAGAUCAGCAUCUUCAUUGUGCUUGGACACUCGGCCGUGCUACUAACCAAUACUGGCUUCAAGCUGCUUUAGUAAGUGGCGUGCUUUUCUCCUAUGUUUGCAUUUAUGAUAAUCGAUGCUGCCUAAUAUUCAUGUUACUGCAUAUUACACACGGGACCUUAUGGAGUCUCACCUGGUAGUUAAGGCUAUAUUACUACUACAGGCAUGUUAAGACAAUUAGUAGUGCCACUCUUUUCUUGCAGAGAACAUUUCUCAAAUGAGCACUUUUUCGGAACUUGAGUUAGUUUAAGGAUCCCAUGUUCAGAAGGGUCGUUUAUCGCGUUCGCUAUUAAGUGGCAGGCGAUAACGACAUUGAAAACCAUUAAAAUAAAUUUCCUCUGCGAAUUUUACACUUUUAGGUCCAAUGACAAGAUGGCAAAGUAUUUUUUUGUUGUUGACUGAAAACAAGACCGAUGAGUCGCACCUUAAUGUUUAUUUACGUGGCAUUUCAUUUGAAAUGUGUUUUAACAAGUUAUUUUACUUGUAUUACCAUUUUUUUACUUUAGUGUGUAUAUAUUUUUUUGUCUGAAAUAUGAUGUAAUUGGUUCCAAUGUGACAAAAGAUAAGUAGGACAAACUUGAGUCGACAUUUUAAUUAGGAAUGUAAAAGACAAUUCCUUCUGCUAAAAAAAAGACAACAGAGUCAUUUAAGGUGAAACAAUCCAUAAUUAUACAAUGAAAACUAAAUAAAAUCAGUGUCUUCUUCCUAGUCAGUCCAAAUUCUUUAUCUACUUAUUAUUGUAAAACUGUUACAAAUAUGCAUGCCUACAUCAGGUCUAGAAAUACUUUAUUCACAGUAAAAUGUAGAAAAAUCUACAGAAAAUACCAGAUCAAAAUAAAAACCAAAGCCAACCAUGUACAAGGUGUGAAGCACAGACAUUCUAUUCCUUAUCUAAUAAUAAUAAAUAUUACUGUGCUCCAGCAAGUGGCACAUAUUGAAGAUAUGGCAAAGCACAAUUGUUUACUGUAUUGCGAGUCCCAUCUUACCACUGUAAUAUUGCAGGUACUCCGUUACCUUAGCGACACACUCUCACACACACACACACACACACACACACACACACACACACACACACACACACACACACACACACACACACACACACACACACACACACACACACACACACACACAAAGUAAUUUGAACAAUGAUAAGGAAAAUACAAAAGCAAUAGCAGAUAAAGAAAGUCAUACAUUUUUUAACAGAUUUUGUUUUGGGGUCACAUAAGUGUGGACAAGCCAAUUCUGUUUUUACAAUACACUUUCACUUUUCAUUGACGCCAUCACAGCUUCUAAUUGACCUUCCAGUCAAAAUUCAGUUUUUGUACACCCCACUUUUCGUAGGAUUUGAUUUAAGGCCAAUAUGUUGUAUACCAUAUGGUCUAACAUUGCAUGUAACAAACUAAAUGUAAAUGUAGGUUUGGGGUGUCUGCAACAGAUUAAUUGGAUUUAAAUGAUUUAUCGGAAAACAUCUUUCAGUUUGUCAGAUUUUUGGGAGCAGAUACAGUAACUAACAAAAACUGAAAUUGGACUGUAUGACAGUUUUUCUGAAUUUCUUUUAAGGAAAUAAACUAAAAACUAAACCCCAUUCUGGGAACCAAAUUCUAAGCAACCUAAACACGUUUUUUAAAUCUUAAUCUUAUUCAACCCAUGUGCAACUUUAAGAUUGACUAUACAAACUUACUCUUGUUUUAUUGGCUUUUUGACAAAAAAAAACACAGUUUUUUACAACAGGAAAAUGUUAAAUAUUCAAUAUUUCAAAAAAUGUGUUUGCAAUACUUGCGGUUGGGUAAUUACAGCCUUGACAAAGUCAAUAACUCAUGGCAUUGAUUGUGAUACAGUAGAUAAAAACUAUAAUUUUAUAAUAACUAUUGAGCGAGACCGAGAGAGAAAGCAGGCAGGACUUGGUUGACUUUAAGUCUUUUAUGUUUAUCGGCCAUGUUCUAUUUAACUGUCCGAGAUCAUUUUCAUUGCAUUUCAGCGAUUUGAUUGUAGUUUAACUCGUUUACGCUUAUCAAAGCUCUAAGAAUGAUGCUCUUUGUUUUCUCGUGCCAUUUGGUGGUUAUGGGGCGCUAAUAAACCAAAACAAUAUUUUCUUAUUUUUCAAUUGACAAGAGUGAGAUGAAUUUGGUGCAAUGUAUCAGGAUUACAGUCUGUUAGAAAAUAGCAGUUAUAAUGGGAGUCAAUGGGGCCAAAAAGCUCUUAAGAGAAAGUGUGUAUAAUUUGUUUAUAUCCUAUUCUAACAAUGUUGCAAUCAAAAGCAUAAUACAGUAAAUAAAGAAAA